GUCACUGUCGAAAUAUGGAGCAUCAUUCCCUUAAGACACAUUUUUCACAUUUCACUGUGUAACUUGGUGAAAAAUAACCUUGAAAACUUACUUUAUCGGUGGCCUAACAUUACAUCUCCCACGGACAUAUGCUGACAUGUCUAUUUUACAUUUCACGGUCUUUACGGCAUCACUAGCUAGCUAACAUACCCAGCUAAUGAAUCUGCUAGCAUUACUUCCAAUUCGAUGUAAAGCAGAAAGCGCCAUUUUUGGACUUUCUUCGGGAUUUUACACUCGUAGAAGAAGCUGCUGCCUAUAACUAGCGUCACAAUGUCUUCAUGUUCUUUCACCACGGGUUUAUCUGUGGUUUGUAGCGUUUGUGACACUUGGAAAGACAAAAGGUGAACUUUAACCCCACCUCGACUUUCUCAGAGAGCUCAAAGCAAUCUGUCCUCCAAGAUGUGGGUGUGUAUUGUUGUUUUCCUGCUGUGGAUGAGGUCAGGAGGAUGCACAGAGAAGGCCAACACAUCUGAUCUGAUAGAAUACACAGCUGCAGACUUCUAUGAGAAAUUGCAUUCUGGAAAGAUGAUGUUCAUCUAUUUUGAGCAUCAAGUCUCUCCAACCAUCUCUCUCUUCUUGGUGGAGCUGGAGAAGUCUGCUGACGCUCUGCAGGAUUAUGGAGUUCUGGUUGGCAAGGUCAACUGCAAUAAAGAGCUGGUUCACACAUACUGCACAGAAGAAAGGGCGCUGCACACAGCGUUUCUGUUCAGGGGUGGUAAGGAGUUCUUGGGUUUUGACUUGGACACCGUGUUUGACGUCAACUCCAUCGUCUCUGAAGUCCUGUUUGCUAUUCUGCGAGAAGAGGUCAAGUACGUCCACACAGACACCGACCUGCUGGCCAUGGAGAAGGCAGUCAGAGGGAAGAAGGAUAUCGUACUGGGUUACGUCCGCAGUCUGGGAACACAAGAGCACAGGUCAAUGAUGGAGACAGCAUAUGUGUACGGAUCCAAAUACCAGUUCAUCCUCAUAACUGGGGGCCCAGUUUUGAAGCACUUAGGUGUCAAUGAGUUGUCUCACUCGUCUCGAGUGUGGUUCCUCCACUGUACAACCCCAAAGUCCUCUGAGCGCUGCCCGUUGACCCGUAUGAGGAAACCCCUGUCCACCCUCAGCCUCCACUCCUUCCUGCAGCUCAUGGAGGCUCCACUGGUGACUGAAGUUUAUGAAGACCCCUCCUCGGUCCAGCCCCCUCAGUUCCCCUACCAACAGACCCCCCAGGUCUUCUUGUUCUCUCGUCCUGCAACCAAGCACCUAGACCUGGACACGGCCACCACUCUGGCCUGGAGGCUCCGGGGCCUCGCCCUGCUGGUGCUCGUACACAGGCAGAGUCCUGCAGUGAAAACCCCCAGUGAAUAUAAUGCUGCUUACAGGCUGCCUGAGAAGAGUUUAGAGGUGAAGUAUUUGACCUUGCAAGUCCUCGAUGAGGUGUUGGAGCUCUUUAAAAAUCAAGAUAACGAGGAAGAAGAUGAGGACGAGGGGGUGGAGGAGGAUGAUGAGGAUACACAUUUUGGCAAGCUGGACGAUGAAGUUGCAAUGUCUUUUUACGAAAGUCGAGGCAACUUGCUGAACAUGGACUUAAUUAUCCAACUAACCUCCAACAACUUCCACGCCACAGUAGCUCAAAGCAGCCUGACAGUGGUGCUCUUCUACCUCAGAUGGGAUGCUGUUUCAAUGUCUUGCCUCAGCUCCUUCAUUGAAGUUGCAGAGAUACUUGAAGUCUCUUCAGAUUCUGACGUCCAGAUGUGCGCGGUCGACUGUGGAGAGUGGACUGACCUCUGCGCUGCUCAGCCAGGCGGCUCCCUCCCGAUCCCAUUUCAGCCAAUCACGACCUUCCCCAGCAUCUUGCUGCUCCGCCCCCAGCAGACAGCUCAGCACUACAGAGGCAUGCUGGGUAGUGAGGCGCUGUAUCGCUUCAUCGUACUGAGCCAGCCAGAGUCUCCUGCACUACUGUCCACCCAAGAGGAAGUGACAUCAUUCCUUCAAGUACCUCACGCUGAAUUAGCAGGCUACAAGCCUGACAGAGUACUGGGACUGUUUAGGACACAAACACACACAGGUGUGCCGCUGUUUACUGAAGCAGCAAACUCAUUAAGAGGAGAGGUGCUGAGCGGACUGCUCACCGAUGGGCUGGCAGAGAAAUGGGCAGCAGAGCACACUGUGGACCUUCCCGCACUGUUGGUAUAUCCAUCUUGGAAGACACACACUCAUCCCUCCAUACUGUCUCUGUCUACCUCUGCUGAGGAGCUGCUCUCACACAUAAACACUGCACUGCUGCAUCCACUGCCUGAGCUGACAGUGGAAAACCUACCGUCCUUCCUCUCCCUGGGUAAAGCCCUCCUCCUCCUCUUUGUGGGAGAGGAGGAGGAUGAGAUCGGGCAGAGGCAGAACCAGGCGCUGGUGGAGGAGAUGAGAGGAGUGGUGGCAUUGGGAGGGGGGAAGAUGGAGCGCUACCUGGCCUGCUGGAUCCACCUUGGUCGUACUCCAGCUGGUAUGUCUGUCCUGGGGUCAUACCUGGGCUCAAUGCCCCCCCUCCCUGCUCUAGUCCUCACCCAUUUGCCCUCUGGAGAUGAAAUCUAUCAGUACCCCCCCAACACGCCUAUAGUGGCCUCGUCUGUCCUGCAGUGGCUGCAGAGGAUCGAGGGUGGGACUGAAUCAGCAGCAGGGAUGUUGGGUGAGGACAGCUGGCCUCCCAAUGCCGACUUCUACGACUUCCUAAAAGCCAUGGACAUGCAGGAAUCAAACUCUACACAGCAGCACCCUCCUGAAGGAGAAGUGGAAGAGGAAGAAGAGGAUGAGGAGGAUGUGAAUAUCGAAGAACAUGUGAUGUUAAAAGAAGCAACGGAUUCCUCCUCUAGCGUUCCCACUUCUGACAGUAACCCAGACACUCACUCUGAACUGUAACAGAACAAGAUGGGAGGGUCAUGACACAAAGGCAUUGAUUAAACACAUUUUUCUAUUGA